AUGGGAAAAAUUAUCUUCUAUGAGGACAGGAACUUCCAGGGGCGCUCCUAUGAGUGCAGCGGCGACUGUAUGGAUAUGUACUCCUAUUUCAGCCGCUGCAGUUCCAUCCGUGUGGACAGCGGCUACUGGAUGCUGUAUGAAAAGCCCAACUACAUGGGCUACCAGUACUUCUUGCAGAGAGGAGAGUACCCUGACUUCCAGAACUGGAUGGGCUACAACAACUGCAUCAGGUCCUGCCACAUGAUUCCAUCAUACAAAGGCUCCUACAGGCUGAGGAUCUAUGAAAGACCUGACUUUAGGGGCCAGAUGAUGGAAUUCAUGGAUGACUGCCCAAAUGUCUAUGACCGUUUCCACUUCAACAGCAUUUUCUCCUGCAAUGUCAUGGAGGGCUGCUGGAUCUUCUAUGAACACACAAAUUACAGGGGCAGACAGUACUUCCUGAGGCCCAGUGAAUAUAGAAGAUUUGGUGACUGGGGUGGCUACAAUUCAAUGAUUGGCUCUUUCCGCCGCAUAAGGGAAGGAUUUAUGUAA